CCCGAGGACCGCCCCGUGGGGGAGGGGAAGAGGCGGCGACGCCGCGCGCGCGCGCGGACUGGGCCGUCGCGGCUGCCGUAGCCCGGCCGCGGGACGCCGGGCCUGGGGACGCGGAGACCGGGAAGUCGUGGGUUUCGCCGCCGACGGACGGCCGUGAGCGGGAUCGCGGGCCGAGCUCGGAGCUGGUGCGGUCAUGGCCGACUACUGGAAGUCACAGCCAAAGAAAUUCUGUGAUUACUGCAAGUGCUGGAUAGCAGACAAUAGGCCUAGUGUUGAGUUUCAUGAAAGAGGAAAGAAUCACAAGGAAAAUGUGGCCAAGAGGAUCAGUGAGAUUAAGCAGAAAAGCUUGGAUAAGGCAAAGGAAGAAGAAAAGGCAUCCAAGGAGUUUGCUGCCAUGGAGGCAGCUGCCCUGAAGGCAUACCAAGAGGAUCUGAAAAGGCUUGGCUUAAAGUCGGACAUUUCAGAGCCGAGUAUAUCCCCAGUGGUGAGCAGUGUACAGCCUACCUCCACAUCAAAUCAACAGAAAGAGAAGAAACCAAAGAAGAAAAAGAAGGAAGCCCCGAAGGGCAGAUGGGUGGAAGGCACCACGGCUGACGGCCACUGUUACUAUUAUGAUCUCAUCACAGGAGCAUCUCAGUGGGAGAAACCAGAAGGAUUUCAAGGGAGCUUAAAAAAGACAUCAGCAAAGGCCAUUUGGGUAGAAGGUUUAAGUGAAGACGGUUAUACCUAUUAUUAUAAUACAGAAACAGGAGAAUCCAAAUGGGAAAAGCCUGAUGAUUUCAUUCCACACGCUGGUGAUGUGCUUUCUAGUAAGGACAAUGAAAAGUCACCUGACACCUUAGAAGAAUCCAAAUCAUCAGAUUCUCACAGUGAUUCUGAUGGCGAGCAGAAGAAAGCAGAAGAGGCCCCUGUAGAAACAAAGAAGCUAGUAAUCAAGUUUAAGGAAAAAAAUAAAAGUACUGAAAAAAGAACUGACCCAGAAAUACAAAAAGAAAAGAGUACGCCAAAACAGAAUUCAUCAAAUACAAAUGAAGAAAAACCCAAAACUCUUAAGAAAUCGACGAACCCUUAUGGGGAAUGGCAAGAGAUUAAACAGGAGGCAGCAGCGCAGGAAGAGGUCAAUUUGGAACUUCCAAGCACUGAAGGUGAAUGUCUGUCAGAAGCUAGUGCCGGAGAAAUCAAAGUGGUAUUUAAAGAAAAAACAGUCUCCUCUCUGGGAGUUGCAGCAGAUGGAGUGGCCCCUGUCUUUAAGAAGAGAAGACUUGAGAAUGGAAAGUCUCGGAAUUUGAGACAGCGAGGUGAUGAUGAGUAACUGUGAAAAGCCUUGGGCACAGGCAACGUGCCCUUUCCGAGCCUCCCUGUGUGUUCCAGUGCGGUAGUGCUGCAGUUCACAUUUAUGCUAAUUGUAUUUUAUGUGAAUUAAAAUAAAUCUUUUUUCAUGUGAAAUUUAUUUUUGUUCCUUAAAUGGAAGCCUACAACAUUGCAUUGUAAUACAGUGUAUUAUGUUCAAUGUCUAAAAUUGCUAAUUAUAUGAUAAUUUAAGAUGCUAUGUAUCUGUUAUUUAAAACAUGGGGAAGACCCUCGCUCUGUUCUUACUCAUAAACGCCUAUUUAUUCUGCAUUGAAAAUGCAUUAUUUCUGUACAUUGAAAUUAACCUGUUACCUGAGAACUAAGACACAGCCCCAUGGCAGUUUGGUGUUGAUGGUCCUUUCUGAAGCCUGCACUUAGAAGAGUGCAAAUCAGCUUGUCUUAACUCAGUUUAAGCCGAAAGACCAGAAGCAGGAACCACUUGAGUACUGAAGUAGAGAGUGACAGCAGGUCAGUGACAACUGACCUGCAUUUGCCCCAGUUCAGCUUAGAGCUGCAAAGUGUCCAAAAGCACCUUAACUUGGGGCCAGGCCUCAGGGGACUAGAGACAGGAGUGCAGCCUCUGUUCCUUACUCUGGCAUAGUCCUUUCCCAGUCAGGCAACCUUUUUAUAGCCUUGGGCCCCUUGGAAGGUUUAUAUAAGGUAAUGUCAACAAAAGUCUUGAGCUAAAAUAGGUGUCACUGUCCACAUACAUCUUUCCCGUUUUCUGGUUACAUUUCAUAAGUAGAAGUUUCAUAUUCUAUUUGAAGUACUUUAUUGUAGGAAAUCUGUUAAUUCUAGAGGGCUUUUCUAACCAGGCUAGUUCCCAAAUAAUUGAGACAGAGACCUAUUGAUUAUUUAAACAGCUUAACGCAUAUUACUGGACAAGUACAAUUUAUAUUAGUUUUCUAAACUACUCGGGCUACUACUUCCCAGCCACAUGCGGGCUGGAUCUGCUGUAUCAGGCCACGUCCUUUCUCUUCAUCUUCCUCGUCCCCUUCCUCCUGCCUCAUGGUCCCUACCUAGGACCUAGGAACUGCAGCCCCUCCUACCUCUCUUCUGCCCAGUUUCAGGCUAUCCAGCCUUUAUUAACCAAUCAGAGAUAAUUGGGGAGAAAAAAUUAUACAACAUUGUUUGGUAUAUGUGAGAAUGCACUCAUCUGGACUUGAACCAGAUCUUGGAACCCAGAAUUUAUUAUCUGACCAGACCAACCCCAAACAGUACUUGCCUUCAUUACUUUUGCAUAUUUUUAAUCAUAUUUUCCAUAAGUUGUACAGUAUGUAAAUUUUGGUAGCAAAUAUGUAUGUCUUUUUACAAUUGUUAGUGUACAUGUAUUAAUAGCUUAUUAAAGCUUAUAAAGUAAA